GGUUUGUCAUGUCGUCUACAAUGGAGGAACGGCGCUUAAGAAUGAAAAGGAUGGUGGACAAUAAAAUACGACUUUUAAAUUUUUACCUUUCCUCUGGAAGGGACUUUCUUCAAGAAGUUUUGGAGGUUUACAUUUCCCCGGAGCGUCUAUACAGAGAGGUCAUUCAGUCCGAGUAUUUCGCUAGUCUUCCUCAUGCGGAGCAAGAAUCGUUGAUCUCGCUUAACACAGAAAACACAUUUUGUAACCUGGAGCUGGAUCAGCUUUUUGAAUUGUUGAAAAGAUUCACAACAAUAAAACAACCUGAAUGUUCUUGGUGUGGAGAAUGCCUAUCUGGACAUUUUGAGAAGGAGCACGUGGGCGAAAAUGUCGAGAAAUUCAUGUCAGUUUGGAAAGUGGUCAACAGAUCUAAUACCAUGCCUGAUGAUCAGUAUAGAGGAUGUGUGAGAACACUAACCAACAUCGGGGAUAACAUUUUGAAACUUUUCGCUUUUGGAAAAGGUUUUCAAGAAUCAAUUAAUCGGGAUUUUGGUGGAAAAGAUACGCGCCCCGCCAACCUUCACAUUGUAAACCAUGGACAAGAUGUUGUCGUACAGAUCGGGAACAAUAACAAAUGUGUCUUAAAUGUUGAAGUUUUCGAUCAUAUACAGACUGACACAGAAACCAGCAGAGAAUCCGAUGAGCUUGUCAAGAUGAUACUCCAUAUGGAGGCACCAUCCUCCUCUGGAAUUUAUGUCGCUCACAUAGAGGAGCAGGUCCUCAGGUCGUUGUCGGGGGAAAAGUUACAGACUGUCAAUGCAGUUCUAAAGGACAAGUUUGAUGUAGAGAUCGUUGUUCAAAGGAAGGGCUGCAUAGUUCUUGUGCUGCGCAAAAUAAAACAUUUCUCUACUAAACGUUUAUUAGAUGUCUGCGUUAUGGAACAAUUUUUGGCAGCUUUAUUCAAUUUUGCUGAAAUUUCCAGCGAUGAGAUAUCAUUGAUAUCCUUUCGCAUCGAUAUUGCUCUGGGAGAUUCUGUUGACGUGAAUAGGUUUCAAAAGACAAAUGACAUUGAGGUGAUCCUUUCUCCAGCAAACACGGUGCAAUCUUUCUCUGUUGAGAGGAAGAAAGACUUGGUGUCCGCCAUUAUAUCGGGUGUUGCUGGAGAGAAUCUCAUGGAGGUGAACGGAGAACUCCGAAUCCGAGCUGAUUUUACGACAGAAUCCAAAGUGGCUGAGAAACAUCAAAAUGGUGGAACAAUUUUUACGAGGCCUCUUCCUGUUAGAAAACCUUUCAAAGAAAAUUUGUCACUAAAACUGGAUGGGAGGGAAAGUGUGAAAAGUAAAAUAGACUCGCGCAAUUCUAGACUUACAACCGAAAAUUCAACAUAUAGGGAAGAUCAUAAGCAAGCAACUAAUCCAAAUGUUCCCAUAAAGACUUUUAAAGAUGGAAGUCAAGUCGUUCGUUCCAAAGAUGAUUUAGAAGAAAAAUCACAGAGAGUGGUGUAUUAUUUUCUUUCGUUCAUUCUUGUUCUCAUUGUUAUGUCAUGCAUGCUAUAUUAUGUAUGUCUCCUAGGAAAGUCUGCUCCCAGAAAUGAUGUUAAUUCUUCAAAAUAUCUACUGAAUCUUUCCAACUCAUCCGUUAAGAAGAUGGUUAUUAGGAAUUACACCAAAGGGCCUAUAGACGAUUUACUGAGAAAUACCAACAAAACGUAUUUUGAAUAUAUAGACUUGAGUUUCAACGAAUUACAAUCAGUGAACUUAACCUCAUUAAGUCGGUUUCCGAGGCUUAGGCAUCUUGAUCUGUCCAACAACAGGAUAUAUCACACAGGAGGGAUAAAAGACCUCCAUUCUUUGCAAACUCUUGAAAUGGGAUUUAAUCUUAUAGAAGAGAUGGGCAUGUUGCAUAAUCAAUCUGAGUCCAGCCUCAGGGUUUUGAAUCUAAGGCAUAACAGAAUCACUUCGCUGAAAUCUACAGAUCUCUCUAAUUUCCCGUAUUUGGAAUACUUGGAAUUAUCAGAGAACCCAAUUCAGAAAUUCUCUCUGAAUGCCUCCAUGAUAUCACACUGUAAACAAAUGCAGUCUAACAGAUGUAGAGUGAAUUUUAAUUUGAUGACCAUUUUCAUCGAUUGCAAUGUGUUAGUUGAAGACAAGAUUUCGGGGGCACAUGUAUACGAAGGGAGAGUUGGGCAUUUACAGCGCAAUAACUAUAAUCUACCACCAUGA